AUGUUGAUUUUGAGAAUUCUCAAAAUCAGCCUUCAAUCUGCAGUCCAGCCACCAUCACUUCCCCGUCGUGUCGCCCUCACUUCCGCCUUCCCAUCUCCCUCAAUUCCCUUUCUCCUCGCCCUCAUUUCCCCUUCCCGUCCCUUCAGCUCCCCAGUCGUCCACAAAUCACCUAUCCUAAGCCCUCACUUCCCUUUCCAUCCGUUUCCCCCCUGCCUCCAUUCACUUUCUCCCCCCUGCUUUCCUUCACUUUCCUCCCUUCAUCCCUUCCCCCCUUCCUCAUUUCUGUUUCCCCCUUGCCUCCCAUCCGUGUCCCCCGUGCCUCCAUUCACUUUCUCCCCUGCCUCCAUUCACUUUCUCCCCCUUCGUUCCUUCAGUUUCAUCCCUUCCUCCCUUCAGUUUCCCCCCUUCCUCCUUUCCGUUUCCCCCCUGCCUCCCUCCGAUUUCCCCCCUUAUUCCACCCUUCUCCCUCUCUUUUCCCUUGUUCAACUUUUGCUCACCCCAGUUCCCCCCUUCUCCCUCUCUUUCCCCUUGUUCCCCUUUUGUUCACCCCAGUUCCCCCCUUCUCCCUCUCUUUCCCCUUGUUCUCCUUUUGCUCACCCCAGUUCCCCCCUUCUCCCUCUCUUUACCCUUGUUCCCCUUUUUCUCACCCCAGUUCCCCCCUUCUCCCUCUCUUUCCCCUUGUUCUCCUUUUGCUCACCCCAGUCCCCCCCUUCUCCCUCUCUUUACCCUUGUUCCCCUUCCCCCCUUCUCCCUCUCUUUCCCCUUGUUCUCCUUUUGCUCACCCCAAUUCCCCCCUUCUCCCUCUCUUUACCCUUCGCUGUCGCUUCCCAUGCCCUUCUGUACGCUUCACCCGCCACUACCUCCGUCAUUUCCCCCCUGCAUGCAGUGCAGCAGACAGGAGUGGGAAUGAUUAUGUUAGGGCGGAUUCCUGACUUUGGGUCAUCCGCUCUUUGA